AUGGAAGGAGAUGAGUUUCACGAGUGUUCAAAGUCCACUGGAAAACCGAAACAAAAACAUUUUGAUUUCUCCAAGUUCAACACGAGGUUCAUUGCAUUGAGGUUUGCCUAUAUGGGGUGGAACUAUAACGGGCUCAAUUUCCAAUAUGAUCCCACUCCAUUACCCACGGUUGAGGAAGCUAUACUUGAGGCAAUGAAGAAAGCGAAACUAAUUAUGGACGCUGACCCAGCAGCUUGCGAAUUUAGUAGGUGUGGGCGUACUGAUAAGGGAGUCAGUGCUUUGAAUCAAGUAAUAUCUUUACGAGUUCGUUCUAAUUUAGCAUCCCACGAGCAAGCAGAGCGUGCAUGCGACGAGAAAGAGCUUCCCUACGUGACAAUUCUUAACGCUCUACUUCCGCUAGAUAUCAGGAUAACAGCAGUAUGCCUUCGACCACCCGAAGGGUUUGACGCAAGGUUUAGCUGUGUAUACAGACAUUAUAAAUACGUCUUCAGCGGUGAAAACCUCAAUAUCGAGGCCAUGACGGAAGCUGCUAGCAAGUUCGAAGGCGAAAAUGAUUUCCGGAACUUUUGCAAAGUUGAUGGAUCAAAGCAGAUAACUAAUCAUAGAAGAGUCAUACAUUCAGCGAAAAUAUUGCCCUUGCGAGACAAUUUCUUUGUUUUUGAUCUCAAGGGUUCGGCAUUCCUAUGGCAUCAGGUUCGUUGUAUGAUGGCUAUUUUGUUCCUCACCGGACAAGGCCUUGAAAAACCUUCAAUUGUUUCAGAUCUAAUGGAUAUCGAAAAGUAUCCUAGUCGACCACUAUAUGAUAUGGCCCACGAUGUGCCUCUAGUUCUAUAUGACUGCGUCUUUCCGGAGAUGGAAUGGCUCUCACUUGCCACCGAUUUCGGCCCGCAACAACUGUUGAAGUUUCAAAAAGAAUGUCAGAAGCUCAACGGUUACGUUGUGGACCAAAAGAUUAAAUCGCAGAUUGUGUCUAUGAUGAGCGAUAUCUUUAUCAGUGGAAAUAUUUCGGGGUUGCGUAACACCAUGAACCUUGGUGACGGAGUGGGAAGGGCUUAUAAGACUUAUGUGCCCAUCAAGGCUAGACCCCUCGGAGAGACGGUGGAACAACAAAAUGCGAAAUUUCUCGAGAAGAAGAAAAGAAAAAUCGAACAAUGA